GAAGACGGCAGUAAAUUCCCCGGGACAAGAAUUCGUGGGCUCUACUCUGGAAGAACAGCAGAGGUUCGCCGCCCAACAAAAUGGUCAAUUAGAGUCGCCACAUAUUCAAAGAGAUGCUGCUCUGUGCCUGGAGAUGGUGGAUCGGCGGGUUCCUCUGCGCCCCCUUCGGUGUCGACAUCUACCGUCUCUGCUGCCUGCGGUACGUCGGCUGCCUCUAACGGGUGGACGACAAAUGUUGGAGAUUUUGGGGAUCGAAAUGCAUAGAGCAAACGCUACGGAUUCUCUCUCUCGUGGUGAAUUGACCGCGUUCACCGGUGGAUUCUGGGUACUAGGCGUCGAACGUAGGAUCAGAACAACCGUUGUUAUAUUAGAGACGUAGGAAUUAGCUGGAGUGUGAUUCAUUCUGGUUAUUGUAUUUUUAAUCAGAAAUCAAAGAGAGUAAAAAAAUUUAGAUAACAGGGCCUCCAUAUGUUGACAGGAUGGAAUUACAAUAAGUGUCAGUGAGUGAAUAAUAUAAUCCAUUUCAAUGAAUGAAUUUUUACUGGUGCCAAAAUGUACUGUUAUAACAUGUCUACUUCAGAGAGUCCCAAGAUAGUAACUAGAUAAUGUUAGUGUAGAAUAGAGCAUAGUAUAUUAACAAAUAUUGUA